UCUGGUCGAAGGUUAGGAAUGAGUAGUCUACCCAGAAUGCAUUGCUAGAAAACAACAGGGCGCAGACAUGGCGGCCGACAGUGAUCCCGAGUCAGACGUUUUUGAAAUCACAGACUUCACUACCGCCUCGGAAUGGGAAAGGUUUAUUUCAAGAGUUGAAGAAGUUCUUAAUGAAUGGAAAUUAAUUGGGACUACUGUAAAUAAGAAAAUAGAAAAGGGAGAAUAUACAAGUGGUACAUGGGAAGAAAAAACUGUAGAAAUUUCUUUUGCUGACUUUAAAUUUUCCAUAACCCAUCAUUAUCUAAAACAAGAACUUUCUGAAAAACCUGAGAAUGAGGAGGUCGAAGAAGAUGCAUUCCCGUCAGCUAUGCAAGAUUUGCUGUGCAUGAAUAACGAUUUUCCUCCUAGAGCUCACUGUCUAGUUCGAUGGUAUGGGAUACGGGAGUUUGUUGUGAUUUCACCAAGUGCCAAUAGUGAUGCUGUCAUUAGUGAAUCAAAAUGCAACCUGCUGUUAAGCUCAAUAUCAAUCUCCCUUGGGAACACAGGCUGCCAGGUUCCACUCUUUGUUCAGAUCCAGCAGAAGUGGAGACGCAUGUAUGUUGGUGAAUGUCAGGGUCCUGGUGUACGGACUGAUUUUGAAAUGGUCCAUCUUCGCAAAGUUCCAAAUCAGUACAAUCAUUUGUCAGGGUUACUGGAUGUUUUCAAAUCAAAAAUUAGCUGUCCUUUGACUCAUUUACCACCCAUCAACAUAUCAAUUAGGUUUACUUAUAUCUUGCAAGACUGGCAACAAUAUUCUUGGCCUCAGCAGCCACCAGACUUUGACACACUUCUUAGUGGAGAGGUUGGAGGAGUAGAAUUUGGAAAGUUACCAUUUGGGGCUUGUGAAGAUCCUAUUAGCGAACUCCAUUUGUCUACAACAUGGCCACAACUGUCAGAAGGAAUUGUUGUUGAUAAUGAUGUAUAUUCUGAUUUGGAUCCAGUUCAAGCUCCACAUUGGUCAGUAAGAGUGAGAAAAGCAGAAAACCCUCAGUGUUUAUUGGGGGAUUUCCUACAUGAAUUCUUUAAACUUUGUUGUCGUAAAGAAUCAACUGAAGAAAUUCUUGGGAGAUCAUCUUUGGAGGAUGAUGGAAAAGAAAAUAAUGAAAUUAGUCAUGCCUUAUCUAAACUCACUGAGCCAACUACUGUCCCAAUUCCUAAAUUGUCUGUCUCCAACAUGGUCCAUAGUGCACGUAAAAGGAUACGUAGGCGCAGACGAGUAGAAGAAUCUCCUCUUAGUAAUGAAGUACUGAAUUCAAUAUUACUGUAUCUUUUCCCAGAUGCAGCUGACAAACAUAUUGAUGCAGUGGAAACAAAGCAAACUGUAAACACUGAUCAUGAAGAUUAUAGACUGUGUAACCAGUUCAAGUCUUCUCCAGCUGACAGCUUGACUUACAAACUUGCUCUGUGUCUCUGCUUGGUCAACUUUUACCAUGGAGGAGUUAAAGGAGUAGCACAUCUUUGGCAAGAAUUUGUUUUGGAAAUGAGAUACAGGUGGGAAAACAACAUACUCAUAACAGGUUUGGCUGGUGGAACUCCUGAUUUAAGAUGCUGUUUAUUGCACCAGAAACUUCAGAUGUUGAAUUGCUGCAUUGAACGAAAGAAAGCCAGAGAUGAUGGGAAAAGAUCAAACUCAACCAAUAGUGGAUUGACCAGUGGAACUACUGAGAGAAAGGUGUCCAGCAGUGAAAACGGGAAAGUAACGCAGGAAGUUUGGGGCUCUGAAGACAGGAAAGAGAAAGGGGAAGUCGCUCAGGGAAAGUCAUGGGAUUCAUGGAGUGACAGUGAAGAUGAGUUUUUUGAGUGUCUUAGUGAUACAGAGGAGCUCAAAGAAAAUGUGCAAGAUCGGGGAAAGGAUGGCAUGCCAAAUGAAGGCAAAGAAGGGAGCGGCUGUGACGCCCCCCAGCAGAAACCUGAAGGGCGUCUGUAUCAGCAUGCAAAACUAACAUUGCUUCACACUGGGGAACCAUUGUAUAUCCCAGUAACGCAGGAACCAGCUCCAAUGACAGAAGAUUUACUAGAGGAACAGUCAGAGGUGUUGGCCAAAUUAGGGACAUCAGCUGAAGGAGCACAUCUCCGGGCAAGAAUGCAAAGUGCCUGUCUGCUGUCAGACAUGGAGUCCUUCAAGGCGGCUAACCCUGGAUGCUGCUUGGAGGAUUUUGUGCGCUGGUAUUCACCACGGGAUUAUGUUGAAGAAGAAGUGUUUGGUGAUGAUGGCAAAGCAGUUACCAGAGGUGAACUGAGUGCUAGAAUGAAGAUACCAGGGAACAUGUGGGUAGAGGCCUGGGAAACGGCCAAGCCGUCCCCUGCACGUAGACAAAGAAGGCUUUUUGAUGACACUAGGGAGGCAGAAAAGGUGUUACAUUAUUUAGCUGUUCAGAAACCUGCUGACCUUACACAACAUUUGCUGCCUUGCAUCAUCCAUGCUGCCAUUCUUAAAGUGAAGGAGGAAGAAUCUGUGGAAAAUAUUGCAUCUGUUAGGAAAGAAAUUCAACAAAUAGUUUCUCACGCAUGCAAGCUUUUACGACAUUCUAAUUCAGAUUACAAGAAACUAGAAGAAAUCAUAAAUGAGAUCAUGGCCGUGGAAACUGUCAUUGCUAGGGCACGAUCAUUAAAAGCAAAAUUUGGUAUUGGCAAAUGUGAAGAGCAAGAUGACAAAGAAGAGCUUGAAAAGUUUGUAAUCUCACUACUGGAAGAACCAGAGGUCACUGUAAUCGGAGCAGGGAGAGGGCCGGCUGGAAGGAUUAUCCAUAAAUUAUUUGUAAAUGCUCAAAGGCUGGCUGAAUCUACUGACGAGGCAGCAGUAAUGACCCCUUUAGAUGAUGAACCUGGGAAGCUUGGAUCUGCAGAAGAGCGCAAGCCAAACCUCGCAAGCAAUUCGGAGUUUCCAUCUCCAGCGGGUCGAGAAGUAAUCCUGCGUGCUGUGGUCUCCAGGCCAGCCCCCUACUCCCGGCCUCUCCCUCAGCGCAUGUUCUGUGUCUUGAUGAAGGACGAUUUCAGACUGGCCGGAGCGUUCGCUGCAGACACUUCCUUUUUUUAAGGUUUUGUAUUCUUGAAACCAAUCGGUAAUCAUGUUUUACAAACUGUAAGAUGUUUGACUCGAUACCCUUGGCUUUGUUACGUAUACCUGUAAAAUUCAAAUCCAUGUUCAAAGAGCUCGGAAUGAGCACACAAAGGCAAUCAGGAAUGUUGAUUUGACGCUCGGUUUGUUUUCUUGCUUUCAUGCAGUGAAAGGCUUGCACUUUAAUAGCAGAAGAGGAGUUCGCUCUGCUUAUCAAAUGGAAUCGUAACAACUUACUUGACCUGCUGCUUUGUGCGUCUUCUGCGUGCGUCUCUGCCCAGUUUUAGAAAGCCUGGCGACGUAUCGGUUAUUGAAAGGUGCCAGCUGUGCAUAUGCCAUGCAUGCAUGUAUGUUGAGUACGGCAAUUCCAAAUGUAGUAUUAAAUGUCCGAGCAAAAGAAGCCAUUCAUGUUAAAUAGUUUAUAUUAAUGUAAAGAGUGAACCAAAAAAUAAUUAUGAAUAAAGUUUGUAGACAUUUUAUAAGGCUCGUCGGCAAAGGAAUAAGGAGCUGAAGAAGAAAUGUUGUUUAGCAGAUGGAACUGUCAGCAGAAAUGUUAAUUUAUUUAUAAGUGACUUUUAAUGUUUCAUUUUAUGAGGUAAAUAAAAGCAUUCCUUCCCUAAGACAAAGA